AUUUGGAGUGGCUGGUGACGGCUCUCACCUGAAGAGAAGAAAGGACGCAUUCACUGCAGCUCACCCAUCAGAGGAAAGCGCUAACGACUCCCUGUGGAAGAGAACAAAGAGAGGCUAACACCGGACAGCGGACACCCGGGGAGGGGCUGACGUGUUGGGGGCGUGGUCUUGUACCUGAACUGCGAGAGAGGGGGUUAAAUCUGCAGUGAGGACUAGUCUAGUCACACAGAUUACCUGUCGCUGUUAGUUUGAGCUGCCUGUUUACCCUGGAGAGAAGAACCGAGACGGUCAGAGCGAGUGACUAGAGCCGUGCUGCAGAUCCCACUGACAAUACCUGAAUAACUUAUAAACAGAAUCCCGUGUGCUGUCAUGGACAGUGUGAAGAUGGAAUCUGUCCAGAUUAAAGAGGAGUUCCCUGAACUUGAACCUCUCCCCUUUAGAGUGGAGUUCUUUGGGCUGGCUUCCCUCCCCAUGAAACAGGAGCUCUGUGAGAUGCAAUGUGACAGCAGCCAGCCAGAGGUCUCUGAGAUUAAAGCUGAGCACAAUGAAUUGGAGAUCCCCCAGACAGAAGAACCCCUUCCUGUGAAACAAGAAGAGGUGCUGGAAACUGUCCGUAUUAAACGGGAGCCCCCUGAAGUAGAGUUUGAGCACAUGGAACCAGGGAAGGAAGAAUCCGAGGACUUCAAACCAAACAUCCCUGAGCUGGAGCCUGUACGCCUGCGGGAGUGUAGUGUGGUGCUGGAGAGAAUCUGCGUGAGAGAGCAAGGCACUGGAGAGGAAGGCUCUCUCAACAGCAUGCAAGGAGUUGGACAGGGAGACAGGCGCUUCACAUUCACAUUCAGUCUAGCAGGUUCCAGUCCAGCAGCUAAAGCGAGGGCAGGCGGUGGAGAAUAUCCUGACUGUGGGAAAGGUUUCAUGCAGAUAGGGCAUUUAAACAAAACCCAACGAACUCACACAGGCGAGAAACCGUAUCACUGCUCUGACUGUGGGAAGAGUUUCAAUCAUUUUAGAAACCUAAAACAACACCAGCGAAUUCACACAGGAGAGAAACCGUAUCACUGCUUUGACUGUGGGAAGAGUUUCAGUCAGUUAAACAGCCUUGUUUUACACGAGCGAACUCACACAGGAGAGAAACCGUAUCACUGUUCUGACUGUGGGAAGAGUUUCAGUCAGUCAAACAGCCUUGUUUUACACCAGCGAACUCACACAGGAGAGAAACCGUAUCACUGCUCGGACUGUGGGAAGAGUUUCAGUCGGUCAGACAGCCUUGUUUCACACCAGCGAACUCACACAGGAGAGAAACCGUAUCACUGUUCUGACUGUGGGAAGAAUUUCAGUCGGUCAGGCAGCCUUGUUUCACACCAGCGAACUCACACAGGAGAGAAACCGUAUCGCUGCUCUGACUGUGGGAAGAGUUUCAGACAGUUAGGAAGCCUAAAAGAACACCAGCGAGUUCACACAGGAGAGAAACCGUAUCACUGUUCUGACUGUGGGAAGAGUUUCAGUCAGUUAGGAAGCCUAAAAGGACACCAACGAACUCACACAGGAAAGAAACCGUAUCACUGUUCUGACUGUGGGAAGAGUUUCAGUCAGUUAGGAAGCCUAAAAGGACACCAGCGAACUCACACAGGAGAGAAACCGUAUCACUGUUCUGACUGUGGGAAGAGUUUCAGUUGGUCAGACAGCCUUGUUCCACACCAGCGAACUCACACAGGAGAGAAACCAUAUCACUGCUCGGACUGUGGGAAGAGUUUCAGUCGGUCAGACCACCUUGUUUCACACCAGCGAACUCACACAGGAGAGAAACCGUAUCACUGUUCUGACUGUGGGAAGAAUUUCAGUCGGUCAGACAGCCUUGUUUCACACCAGCGAACUCACACAGGAGAGAAACCGUAUCACUGUUUUGACUGUGGGAAGAGUUUCAGACAGUCAAACAGCCUUGUUUCACACCAGCGAACUCACACAGGAGAGAAACCGUAUCACUGCUCUGACUGUGGGAAGAGUUUCAGUCAGUUAGGAAGGCUAAAAGGACACCAGCGAACUCACACAGGAGAGAAACCCUAUCACUGCUCUGACUGUGAGAAGAGUUUCAGUCGGUCAGACAGCCUUGUUUCACACCAGCGAACUCACACAGGAGCUAAACCGUAUCACUGCUCUUGCUGUGGGAAGAGAUUCAGUCAGUUAGUAAGCCUAAAAAAACACCAGCGAGUUCACACAGGAGAGAAACUGUGUUGCUGCUCUGACUGUAGGAAGAGUUUCCGUCUUAAACAAGCCGUUCAAAAACACCAGCGAAUUCACAGAGGAGAGAAACCUUAAAGACUGUUUUGUGUAUCACUCUUAACCCUUUGCGGUCCAUUUUUUCAGCAUGUAUGUUUUGUGAAUCACUCUUAAGAGCAUGCAUUUGAAAAUGUAAAAAUGCAAAUCAACUCUCUUGCUCUCUGUCAAAGUGGGCGGUGACGCUAACACGUCACAAGAGGCUUCUCUGCUGUCAGUUUAACUCAAUGUCAAUGCAGUCAGUGCCUGGGAGCGAGAAUAUGCAGAAAGGAAACUAUUCCACACCUCAUCUGAUGGACAAGUUGGGAGAAAUCAAUAACUCAGUGUGGAAAUGAGUUUCAGGAUUUAACAUUUGAACUUCAUUAACUUGAAAAUAAAUAAAUUGACGGGAAUGAGUAUCCAGACCCCUAAUGUAGCAUCCCAGAGACGAGACUGCAGCGUCCUUACUGGGCAACCGCCUGGAGGAUGUGUCUUGUAAAGACAUCACGAUUCAAAAACGAAUGAAAACUGAUAGUGUUGCAUGACUGUAUUAUGACAUGAAUGAGUGAAUAUUGCGUGACGUGUCUCUUUGCAGUGUGCAUUGUCCAUGCUUGUGUUUGUGUUGCUUUUGUAAAGUGCCUCGAGUAAUAGCAGUGCAGCAGGCAUGUGUACGGAUCUUGGGUACAGAAAGUCAUAGCGGUCAUAGCGGUCUCAUCCCUUGCACUUGGUGACAAAUUCCCAAUGAAAAUGUAGCUGAGCUAUGACUAUUAAUCAGGGUUCGUACACUAGUCUGGAAGUCUGGAAAAAUGCAAAACUGAUUUCCAGGGCUUGAAAAUGCUUGAAAAACCACGUCUCCGUUAGGAAAGUCUUGAAAAAGUCUGGAAUUUUACUAGCAUCACGGGAGAAUGAAAAUGAUUCUGCGAUUACUUUUAUUAUUAAUAAUAAUUGAUCUCUAAAGCGGGUCAGCAGCUCUAGCAGUAACUGUCUAGACAGUUUACUAGUAGCAGCUAUGUUGCUUGUGACCAAAUCCCACGAGGAUUGCCCAGUGUAACACCCCUGACAACGUCCUCACAACUCAAAAGCAAUCCUAUCCAGUCAGCGCACUGGUAUAUGUCACAUGACUGUCUGCUCCAGUGAAACGAAGGGUACAAUGGAGUCUACGACAGCCAAGGCUAUGAUUUUUUAAACAAAGUUACAAACUGGAAUUACAAGCUACUGUUCUCUGCUCACCGAGAUUCACAUUGUGUUAUCUUGUUGUUACCUUUAUUAAAUCGUUAAUGUUAUUUCCCAACCCAGGAAAAAAAAAUCGAAUACGAUAGUUAGGGUGUAUUCAAACUGGGUUCAUUUCAAACAUCCUUAGUUCGGUUUGUUUGCUUUGAAGCAUUGUAUCAAUGUGCUAGCUGUUCACACUUGCCUUGUAUACAAACGUACUGAGUUUGUUUGGAAAUUAACUGGGGCUCGUUUUCGUGGUUCACUUCCAUGUUUUCCCAGGAAUCAGUUCACUUGUGUUCAUAUUGAAAUAAUCAGGGCAGCAGUGUGGAGUAGUGGUUAGGGCUCUGGACUCUUGACAGGAGGGUUGUGGGUUCAAUUCCAGGUGGGGACACUGCUGCUGUACCCUUGAGCAAGGUACUUUACCUAGAUUGCUCCAGUAAAAACCCAACUGUAUAAAUGGGUAAUGGUAUGUAAAAAUAAUGUGUAAAACAAAAUUAUAAUAAUUUUAUGUAAAAAUAAUGUGAUACCUUGUAACAAUUGUAAGUCGCCCUGGAUAAGAGUGUCUGCUAAGAAAUUAAUAAUUGUAAUAAUCAAGUGAACUCGUUUUUUAUUAAUAAAUGACCAUCAGAUGUUUCCAUUUUCUGGCAUUGCUUCUUCACACUAUGUAAAUAUUCAAUUACAAUAGCAGUACAGUAGCUACUGUAUAUAUUGUUUAAUGUUUUGCUUUUUUUCAUUUAUAUAAAAUCCUCGUAUAUUAAAAAAGAACUACGGUAUUGUAAUAAUGACAGCAGAUAUAAAGGAAUGUAUUGUUUAGGGAUGUAGCUCCUCGUGUAAAACAUUAGCAUAGAGUGUGUACAGCGAUAAAUAAAUAAAUUGUGUUUUAUUUCAUUUAUGCAAGACAACAGCGAACACGUAAUUCAUACCUGGAAACUAUUUGUCAAACUCUGAGACGGACAUCCUACUGUAUAGCAUUGUUUUCUUUCUUUAAGUUUACUAAACCAAAAUCAAGAACAUAUAACAAUUUAGAAAAAAAAUCUGGUCCUUUUUUUAAUAUAAUACUUUGUAUUUUAGUUUUUUGGGGUUUUUUUUGCAGCACUGGUAAACAUAUUUACGUACGCACCAAGUAUAACUUUAACAAACAGACGUUUGUUAAAAACUGGACAACGAGCCAAAAACGGAAUGUUUGACUUAAAUACUGUACUAUAUUAUAUAAUAAAGUUGGUGCUUGCACACUCCCUCGCACAACAUCGUAUACAGUAAUCCACAUGCAGCUGUAUUUUCUGCAAAUGUGAUUUUUUUUUUCCCCAAUGUCAAUGAUGAAUCAUGAAAGCGAUUGGAGGCAGUUGACAUCAUUUAACAUGAACUUGAACAAUUCUACAAAAAUAAAGAAAAGCUUUUUUUUAAAAAAAAAAAAAAAAAGAAAAAGAGGUUAUA